AUGGGCCAAACCGCCUCGGUUCCCAAGCCAGGGACCCAGAUCCAAGUGAUCGGUGCCGGACUACCCCGUACUGGCACUGCAUCCUUCAGCACUGCCUUGGCCAUCCUUCUCGAUGGCCCUGUCUACCAUGGCGGCACCCAGAUUACCCGCGGCUCGCCUUGCGAGUUGAAAUCAUGGAUUCGCAUCCUCCGUGCAUGGCUGGAGGGCGAUAGGGCCACAGUCUUGUCCCUCAUCAAGGUUCGACUUAAUGGCUAUGCAGCUAUCACCGACACUCCAGGCUGUCAGCUCCUUCCAGAGCUACUCCAGCUCUACCCGGAUGCCAAGGUCAUCUGUACUUGGAGCAAUCUGUAUGCGGAUGGUCGGCGGUUUAACUCGGAGAAGGAGGUGAGCGAUACCAUUCCCCAGGGGGUGAUCUAUUCCAGGCAUGUGGCUUGGCUGCAGGAGAAUGUCCCCGCCGAGCAACUGGUAUUUUUUGAUGUUCGAGAGGGUUGGGAGCCGCUGUGUAAAUCGCUGCGCAAGGAUGUCCUUACCGAUAUACCCUUCCCGCAUGUCAAUGAUUCCGAGGGGGUCGCCCGCACUGCGAGGUAUCAUGCCCAACAGGCCUUGAUCCGGUGGGCGGCGAUCUUUGCUAUCGCUGGAAUUGCUAUUACAGGCUUUAUGAGGCUAUGA